GUACACAACAUUAGCCGGCGAAGUCGUUCAGAGGUUUCUGAAACUUAAAUGAAAUUUGUUUCAAGCCUUUGUGUUUCAUAAAUACUUCUGACAUGGGGAAGAAGGUGAAAGGACAAGAUAAUUACGAACGAAUAUGUUUUAUGUUUGAGGCAGCUUAUACUUUGCUGAUUGCCUGCCCAUCCAAUGUUGGUUUGAUUUGUUCAUAUGGUCAUAUGAUAAAAAUGUUGUCCCAGCGUACUCAAUCCAAACUGGGACCUUACAUUAAAAGACUAAUUUGCAAAAAGUGCCAUCUAGUUUUAAGACCUGGAGUUACAUCAGAUGUUAGGCUCAAAAGUAAACAUACUAAACAUAUAUUAGUGACUUGCAAACUUUGUGGUACACCAAAGCGAUUUCUCAGUAAACCUGAUUAUGAACUGUUUUUUGACAAAGUUAAACGACUGGGUAGAUAGGUGAAAUGACAUAAAUAUUCUGUAAUAUUUUGUAUAAUAAAA